AAUAAUAUGGAAAUUUAUUUGCUAAACCAACGUCUUUCAGGUAGGUAGGUAGGUAAUCGUUUAGCUAAUCGUCGAAAAAAUCAUAAUGAGUGACGAGGCACAUUUUCAGUUGAAUGGAUAUGUGAAUAAACAGAAUAGUCGGUUCUGGGCAAUGGAAAACCCUGAAAUUAUUCAUCGGUCACCUUUGCAUCUAUUAAAAGAGUCUGGUGUGCAAUUUGGUCAGAAGGAAUCAUUGGACCCUUCUUUGAAAAUUAAAACGGCGUAACGGUAACUGAUUUAUGCGGGCGGCGGUUUGGAGAUGAGAAGUAGAGGACAGGAUAGUGACAACAAAAAAGAUUCCAAAGGUCGAUGUCGGAUAUUUCUUAUCUCUAUCUCUUGGCUCUAAAAUCUAAGAUAAAUAAUAGGAUAGGUACUACAAAAAUGGUUUCUUAUUUAUUUUAUUUAUUUAUUUAUUUAUGUACACACAGAAAACAAGACACAGUACAGAGUAAUAGGAAAAUUAUGUACAAAGGCACUGCUUAUUUCUUUGAGAAAUCUCUUCCAGCAGACCUGCGAGAGGAUAAUGAGAAUAAUAAUAAAAAGUGAUAAGUGUGUGUAGAACACAUAACUAAAAUAACAAAUACAACAUGAGAAUUAUAGCACAUACACAUAGCAAAUAUUAUAAGUAACACAGUAACACUCGUAUAUGCGAAGAGUAUAGAACCAUGAUCAUUCGGUUGAUGAUAGAUAAAAUUGUUUGACCUUGUAUUUAAAAACGGAAACAGACUUGCAAACUCGGAUGUCAGCCGGCAACGAAUUCCACAGUCUGACCGCGUGCACAGUAAAGGAGUGAGAAUAGAAAUUGGUUUUGUGGGAAGGGAAUAACAAAACAGAACGUUGGUUGGACCUGCAGGGAGCAUCAGGAGAACGAAUGAAAGAGAAUCGCUCACGUAAAUAUAAGGGAGAAGUGGGCUUAUGUAGGAUAUUGAAUAGGAGACAUAAUAUUCGAGUAUUCCUACGAAGGCGUAUAGGGAGCCAUUUAAGUUCUUUGCGAAAAUGAGAAACAUGAUCGAAUUUUCUGAGAUUGUAUAUAAAACGGAUACAUAGAUUUUGCAUCCUCUCAAGCUUGUUUGAGAGCUCCUCAGUGGCAUCCAAGUAGCAGGCAUCGGCGUAAUCAAUUAUGGGUAGAAUGAGAGCUUGGACGAGAGAUAUUUUUGUAUGCUGAGGUAAGAAGCCCUGCAGACAUCUCAACGAGUGCAAGGCAAAGUGCACCUUCCUACUAAUCUCAGCAACGUGAGAACUCCACGAAAGAUGUCGAUCUACAAUAACACCCAGGUUUUUAACUGAAUCGGUUAGAGUUAUUUGAGUCCCAUCCAAAUAAAUUGGGGGGAGUAUAGGAUCGCUGAGUCUACUGCGCAAUUGUUUACCCCCUAUAAUGAUAGCCUGUGAUUUUCCCGGAUUAAUGUGCAGACCGUAGGCUUUUGCCCAUUCACUGAUAGACUUCAGAUCACUGUUCAUCGCAGCAAUAGCCGAUUCAACUUCAGGCUCCGAGAAGUUAGUUAUAACGUUCUUAGUUAUAACGGUCAGCUUAAAUGGUUUAUAUUCGACUCCAGUCUGGUGUUCUCUGUUUACCCUUGUUAUGAAUAUCGAAAACGAGAGAAGGAGAGAAGGAAAGUAUAACCAAACCGGAAAUACUAAAGACUAUCGGAACGUCGUGGUACAGAAGCCAGUCACUAAUUAUAAAAUUAUUUUUCCAGUGUAAGUGUGACUAUGAAGUCAAUUUUCACGAUGGGAACAGUAAACUGUACUGGAUAGCUGCUGUAUACCUUUAUUUUAGAAGUUUUCCUGGUCUAAGAGUAAUAGUAUUUAACCAAACUAUGCAAUCUAUGCUAGUCGUCGUCGUGGCCUAAAGGUUAAGACGUCCGGUGCAUUUGUGUUGAACGAUACACCGAUGUUCGAAUUUCAGGCGGGUACCAAUUUUUCUAAUGAAAUACGUACUCAACAAAUGUCCAUGAUUCACUUCCACGGAGAAGGAAUAACAUCGUGUAAUAAAAAAGCAAACCCGCAAAAUUAUAAUUUGCGUAAUUACUGGUGGUAGGACCUUUUGUGAGUCCGCGCGGGUAGGUACCACUACCCUGCCUAUUUCUGCCGUGAAGCAGUAAUGCGUUUCGGUUUGAAGGGUGGGGCAGCCGUUGUAACUAUACUUGGGACCUUAGAACAAUAUCUCAAGGUGGGUGGCGCAUUUACGUUGUAGAUGUCUAUUGGCUCUAGUAACUAGGGGAGACCGGGGCAAGAUGAGAUAGCUAAGACAAAACUCGCUGUACAAAGACUAUUAUACUCUUUAAUUAAAUUCUUUAAGAAAAUAAGUAACACUUAUACAUUUGUUUCUUAAAAUUAAUAAUUUUAUCAAGCAAAAUCACAGAAGUUUUUUGACAAAUAAUGAUUAACGAUAAUGUGGCGAAUUUCCCGUCUUGCCCCAUGGACGGGGUAAGAUGGGAAAUGCUAUGGGGCAAAAGGAGUACGUAUUUUAAUCGGGCAGACAGCGUUCACAAAUGUGUGCCUCGUCGUCUUCUUCAUCUACUUCGGCACAGGAAUCGUGUGCCCAACCAUGGCAAAUACUGCAGAUAGCCCAACCCUCAGUUGACUCUUAGUACAGGGUGGCCCAUAAGUCCUUUGAAAAGUAAAAUUUGAAUAAAACGAACAGGGCGCGCGUGAGCGAUGCAGGGGAAGCGGGGGGAGUAACUUCGGUUUCUGGGAAUUUAGUCGCGAUGGAGCGUUUUACCGGAGCGGACCGUGCGUUUUGUGUGCGCGAGUUUUAUAAAAACGACAAUUCGGCAACCGUUGCGCGGCGUAAAUUUCGAGAACACAAAGGUUUACACAACUUUGACGACACUCCAACUCUUCAAACGAUUAAGAACUGGGUUGCUAAGUUCGAGGAGACCGGUUCCACGUUAGAUAAACCGCGGUUGGGUCGCCCAAGGACGUCACGUACGGAACAAAACAUAGACACAGUGACACAGUCUAUUCGCGAAAAUCCGACACAGUCAACUCGUAAGCGCGCCAGAGCAUUAAACGUAUCCAGGACAUCGUUACAACGGAUUUUGAAGAAAGAUUUACAUAUGCACCCUUACAAAAUUCAGUUGGUUCAAGAAUUAAAGGAAACUGACGGUAUUCAAAGACAAAAUUAUGCGAAUGAAAUGUUGAAUCGGUUUACUUCCUUCAAUAACAUAAUGUUCUCUGACGAGGCUCAUUUCCAUCUUAACGGGCAUGUUAGUAAACAAAAUUGCCGCUAUUGGAGCCCCAUCAAUCCAAAACUUAAGCAUCAGAAGCCCUUACAUAGUCCGAAAGUGACUGUUUGGGCCGCUAUGUCAGCCCAUGGUAUCCUAGGGCCUUAUUUCUUUGAGGAUGGCAGAGGGCGCGCAGUUACUGUUACGUCGGAGCGAUAUGUGGCUAUGAUCGAAGAGUUUUUCAUACCAGAAUUGCAAAACUUUUCAGGCUUUAAUGCCAGGACGUGGUUUCAACAGGAUGGGGCCACUUCUCACACCUCUAACACUGCUAUGCCCGUUAUCCGUCAACUUUUUCCUGGCAAAGUUAUCUCUAAGAGAGGAGACAUUUCCUGGCCUCCACGUAGUCCAGAUCUGACCCCGAUGGAUUUUUUUUUGUGGGGCUACCUUAAGGCUAAAGUAUACGACACAAACCCGCGGUCAAUUGAGGCCCUAAAAGAAAACAUCCGCAGAGAAAUGACAAGCAUUUCAGCAGUGACGUGCCGCGCAGUCAUCGACAAUUUUAGACGUCGUUUGCAAGAGUGCCGUGAUCGCAACGGAUUACAUUUAGGAGAUGUUAUUUUCAAAAAAUAAUUCCCGUUUUUUAAGCUUUUUAUGUAAAUAAAAAUUUAAUUCAUAA